CAAAACCGAGGAAAUGAAUGAAGAAGACAAAAGAGCAAGCAAUACAUGGCCCUGCCGCUGUUUUUGCGAAUCCGCGUGGAAAGCCAAAGUCUCUUUCCUCAGCUCGCCUCGCCUUUUCGUUGUCUGUUUCUCCAUAUUCCCUGCCUGCUGUAUGCUUCGCUGGCUGGCGCUCCUUUUCUUGGCCAAAUACGACUCCACCGCCUCGGUGUCUUCGGGCGAGUCGCCCGCAGAAGCGAGGCUUGCCAGCUGAAUUGUCACUUUUUCCAACUACCACUUAGACUUGGGUGCCGAAAAUAUGCGACUGAGCGCGAUGCUGAGCCCGAAGAGCGGUGGAACCCAAUGAGUCGACGGGGGGCUGGUUUACUCUGCUCUCUUGGCCCAAACAGCCACUGCGACAUGUCCCAAUACCUCGCUUAUUUCGGUAGAGUUGGCAUAUCUCUCUCACUUCAUUAAUUGCCUCUCUCUCAUCCUUCUGAAUCAGCCACACUAACAUGAAACUUUCCCCUUCCUCUUCUCGUUUCCUUUGGGUUGCUGAGUUAGUGGAGUGAGAACAAUCGUCGCGUUAUCAUCGGCCAUUAUCAUGCUAGCGGGAUCGGCAAGGCCAUCAGCCCCAUCGCCAAAAGCAGCGGUAGUAUCAGAAAGACCAAACGCGGCU